AUGGAAGGGCGAUCCGUGGCACCCUGCAGCUCCCUGCUCCUGGUACUCUGCAGCCUGAAGGCUACCUUUGCCUUCCCCAACUCCUCUCCACUGCUGAAUCCCAGCUGGGGGAACGGGGACCGCCUGAUGCACCUCUACACGGACACGGAGAGGAGCAGCUUCCACCUCCAAAUCAACGCCGACGGCUACGUCGAUGGCCCCCACCAAACCAUCUACAGUGCCCUGAUGAUCAGGUCUGAGGGAGCUGGCUCAGUGAUAAUCACAGGGGUGAAGAGUGGACGUUACCUCUGCAUGGACAUGAAAGGAAACAUAUUUGGCUCGCAUUACUUCAGCCAAGAGGACUGCGUGUUCACCCACAGGACGCUGGAGAACGGGUACGACGUGUACCAGUCUCCCAAACACGGCUUCCUGGUGAGCCUGGGCAGGGUCAAGCAAGCUUUUCACCCUGGCACGAACCCGCCACCGUACUCCCAGUUCUUGUCCCGGAGGAACGAGAUCCCCCUGUUCCGCUUCAACACCCCCGAGCCGCACAGGAACACGAGGAGCGCGGACGUGGAUCCCGCGGAUCCUCACCAGGUCCUGGUCCCGCAGAGGAAGGCCUCGGGGCCGGGCUCUGCCCCUCAACAGGGAGCACACUUCCCCCACGUGCCCCGGGAGCCCGUGAGGAUCAACCAGAACGACGUGGUGAACCCCGACGACCCCCACGCCAUGAUGGAGCCCCGCAGGUACCCCAGCCCCCGCUUCCACAUGGCGGGGUAA